AGUCGAAGCAAAGUACCGGCAUGCUUUGCGCGCAGAAAGCGGCGUGCCUGUCUUCGUUUCCUAUGUUUUCAUUCGUUCAAGAGUUGAUCAAAGAAUAAGUUCAAUAAGCAGAACUGUGUCAACCCGGAUUUAAUUUUUUUUAUCAAAAUCUUGAAAAGUUCCGAUUUUUGUUUUUUAUCGAUUUGAAAAAAAUAUUUUUAAUUCAUAUUUCUUUAAUGCUUGAAUUGGGAUUAUUUUUUUAUAUACAUAUCACUGUUUAAAUAGAAUUAAGGCCUCAAAACUCAUUUUAAAAAUAUGCUAAUGAUUCGAAUAAGGUGAUUGAACUUAUGAAUUUGAUGUAAAAUAAUAUAAAUUAUGAGUGAUUUUAAUUUGUACUGGGAUUAUUAAAAAUCGUGGCUGCUUUGGAUUACCUUCAUGUUAAAAUGUGAAAGAAUUUUAAUUGAACAACAUUUUGCAGAGUGUUUUGUGUUCUAUUUGUUCCAAGCUUGGUUAGGCAGUCAUUUUGAUAUAAAAGGAAGGAGUCAUGAACCAGUACUUGCUUCUGAUUCUUCUAACAUCAUGGUCUUUGGUGAUCACGCAUUUGGAGGCAUGCGACACUGGGGUGGCUUUCACGAACAGCGUUCUCAGCACAUCGAGGUCUUCACUCGCCAACGCAGACGUCGCCCUCCUUGAAAUCUACACUGCUCAGACUGUAGAAAAAUGUAUGGAAGACUGCUGCUCAGGAAAAUAUGGUGAUUGCACUGUUGUUAGCUAUAACAAGAAUGCAACUAAAAAGAAUUGUCGUCUUUUCAACUGUCGCCCUCUGAAGCAGUGCAAAUUCGUGUCUUCCAACACCACGGAUUCUUUUACCUUUGCAACGGGUCUCCGCGCCUCUCAUCCAGUGCCUUCUACCCAAACUCUCAGCACUCCCAAAUCAUCUGAAGCACCUACCAUUACUUCACCAAACGCCAAAUCUCAUAUAGAACAGCCCCAUGCGGUGGAAGAAAUAGCCACCUACUCAGAUGAACAAGCAGGCUUUAAAAAUGACAAUAAAGGCGUAAAACCCCGUAAAGGUGUCAGCGCUUUCACACCAGACGCCAUUCUUUCUAAAUCUGGCAUCAAACCAAGGAAAGGUGUCACCCUGGAGGACGUUCCACAUUCGAAAUUCCUUUUAAAAGGAUUGAGCAAAUCAAGUGUGAAACCGAGAAAAGGUGUCGAAAUUGAAACGUUAAUCAAUGAAACGCUCUUCUACAACCGCAGUUCUACCACGAACAAUGAUUCUGUUUCACCUCCUCUGGUGAAUUCCAGCAACGAAGUCCUCAACUCUGAAAUCGAGUCAGCGUUUGCGAAAAUGUUCGAGGAUGAUCCCGGUGCGAUUAGCGCCGAGUCAUCGAUAUCAGCAACUUCAACUUCUGAUUAUCAACCGACAUCCUCCUUGAGAAUCUUGGCAACUGCAGCUGUGUCUCAAACUUCUAGUUCUGAAAUGGAAUCAUCUUUUAGUCGCACUCCUGUUGCUUCAUCAAAUCAUCCCAUACAGUCUAGUUUCACGAGUACACCGAGCUUGGUAAUAUCUUCCAGCAUUCUUUCCAGCUCGGAAGUGAUGGCAGCGACAUCUACGAUAGCAAAAAGCUCUCCAUUUGUGGUUCCCAUAGCCUCAACAGUUCCUCUCUUGUCAGCAAAUACUCAUAUUUCUCUGGAAGAGCCUAAAUCUCUGGAUAAAUCUUUAGAUGCAGAUGCAACAGAAUCAGAGAGCGAUAGGAAAUACAAGUCUUCCAUUCACGUAGUUCUGGCUCUCGUUUUUGGACUUCUGGUUCUGUUUGCCGUUCUCGGCGUAGUUGCCAAACGUGUAUACGAUAGUUGGCAGAGAAGAGAUUAUUACAGAAUGAAUUAUUUAAUAGACGGUGUUUAUAACAACUAUCAUUAAGUUUGAUAAAAGGAACUGGGAUUCGUUUCAUAAUCGCUUAGAAUAUGCCUUUUUAAACAUGGGACCAAAUUUUUUCGUGUGAACAUUUGUGGCAAACUUUUAAAUGCGUGCCUGUGUCGUGCCUAAGUGUUAACACUUGUUCCAAAUUGAUCUGUGAUCUAAAAUUCGGUCAGAUGCUAGUGACUGAAAUGCUUGGCGAACAACUUGUAUUUUUUCCCCGACUGAUAAAAAGCUUGACUGUUUGGCAGCAACUCUGUUUGCCCCGAGCAAAGUAUUGACUUAGACUAUUUUCUUAGUGAAUAAAAUUAUAAGGUAAAGUACUUAAUGUAAAAAUAGGUAGAGUUGUUGAAAACUAUAGAGCUGAAGUUUAGAAGCUAUCUUUAACAUUUCUUACACGAUGAACAAUAAAUAUAUUUUGAUUUGU